UGCUCCAGUGGAUAUUUGGAAUCAACGGUGUGGUCACAGUGACGGCAAAUCUCGGAUCUUCGGAGCCCCGUGACGAGCUAGUGUUUUCAAAUAUUGGAAUUUGAUUUUUUUUCCGUAUAUUUUUUUUAUUUCAAAGAGUUUGGGGGCUUGCAGUGAUCAGUGCAGUUUUCGGCAGUAAAUCUAUCAAUUUGAAUUUAGAACUCGAAUUACAUCAGAAUUACAUUGUUGAUUGACAGUGUCCAGACUAACCGAAGAUUAAUGAACUUUCUUGAAAAUAAGAGGACGAACUCUCGCGCUGCUGUUCCGCGAAAUGCGGCCUCGGCAGUAAACUCGAAAUUGUGAGUCGUGACCCUUCCUCAGAGGCAGAUGGAUGCGAAAUAGUGCUGGGAUUUGACGGAAAAGCCGGAAAGUGAGUCGGAGUAGUGUUUCGCUCGAUUCACUUUAUUUGGGAAUUGAAGUCCAGUUCUUGAAAAAGAUCUUAAAUCAUAAUUUGCGGAUGCAGUGCUGAUGGACCAAAGUGCUGUGUAGGCCUUAGAGUUGUGAUUUGGAGUCAUCAGACGAAGAGACAAUGCAGGGAAGUCUGUUUUUCCUCCUCAUCGUGGGACUCCACAUGGGAGCUUUCGCUGAACCGGACCCAACUGAUGAGCAAUUGUUCAAUAGGAUACCACAAAAUAGGGAGGAGGAUAAGUGCUAUGAUGGAACUGGAAAACCUCAGAGGUGUAUCCCGCCCUUCGAAAAUGCUGCUUUCAAUGUUCGUAUGGAAGCCACAAACACAUGUGGAGAAGAAGGAGGCGUCACAGAAUAUUGUAUGCAAACGCAUAAUGAAAAUCAGAACAACGAGAAAUCCUGUGAAAUCUGUAGAGCUGGAGACCAUUCGGCAGUUUUUCUCACCGAUCACGAUAACAACGAUAAUGCUACCUGGUGGCAAUCUACAACCAUGUGGGAUGGAAUCCAACAUCCGAAUCACGUCAACCUCACCCUUAAUCUUGGAAAGACAUUUGACAUCACAUACGUGAGAGUGCUUUUCGAGUCUCCCCGGCCAGAAAGUUGGGGAAUUUUCAAGAGGAAGAACGAGAAAUUUAACUGGCAACCUUACCAGUUUUACUCAGCCACAUGCAGAGAUACUUAUGGAUUGCCUGAUUCCAAAGACACCACACGUGGAGAUGACACUCGAGUACUCUGUACUUCAGAAUACUCUGAUAUUUCUCCAUUGUCCAAGGGAACCGUGGCUUUUUCGACCCUGGAGGGUCGUCCAUCUGCUUAUUAUUUCGAUACCAAUACAGAAUUACAGGAAUGGGUUCAAGCCACAGACUUGAGAAUAACUUUACACAGACUCAACACCUUUGGAGAUGAGGUUUUUGGAGAUGAUCAAGUAUUAAAAUCUUAUUACUAUGCAAUUGCUGAUGUUGCUGUGGGUGCUCGUUGUGCUUGCAAUGGACACGCCGGUGAAUGUGUUAACAGUACCAGUGUCGAUGGAAGGACAAGAAGAGUCUGUCGCUGUGAGCACUACACGACUGGUCCAGACUGCAACGAAUGCUUACCAUUUUACAACGACGCUCCCUGGGGACGUGCCACGACCACAGAUGCUCAUGAGUGUAAAGCCUGUAACUGCAAUGGAUAUUCGGAUCGGUGCUUUUUCGACAAAGAAUUAUACAAACAAACAGGACAUGGUGGUCAUUGUCUGGAGUGUAGGGCCAAUCGAGCUGGUGCCAACUGCGAAAGAUGUCGAGAAAAUUUCUUCCAACGACCUGAAGAUAAUUAUUGUGUGGCUUGCAACUGUGAUGAAACCGGUUCAAGAAGUUUGCAGUGCAACAGUGAAGGUAAAUGUCAAUGUAAACCUGGAGUCACUGGCGACAAGUGUGACCGUUGCUCUGCAAAUUUCUACAAUUUCGGUUCUUACGGCUGCGCUUCUUGCGAAUGCUUCGUAUCAGGAUCUUUCAAAAAUACUCCCAACUGUGAUCCUGUCACUGGUACCUGUCAGUGCAAAGACAAUGUCGAAGGAAAAAGAUGUAAAACAUGUCGUCCUGGAUAUUUCAACCUCGCCCUGGAGAACGAAUUCGGGUGUACUCCUUGCUUCUGUUACGGCCAUUCAGUACUUUGUAAUUCAGCAACAGGCUACUCAAAAACAGCGAUCGAAAGUGGCUUUGUCAGAGGAAAUGAGCGCUGGACAGCUGGAGUUGCCACUGGAACUCCCAUUCCUCUCAACUAUGAUGCCCUUACACAAACGGUCGCUGUCACUGCUUCUGAUAGGGACAAUGUUUAUUUCCUUGCCCCAGAGAGAUUCCUUGGAGAUCAGAGAGCAUCCUACAACCAAGACUUGAUAUUUAAUUUGAGAAUCGGCGAAACCGGACCAGCGCCAACAGCUCGAGAUUUAAUCUUAGAGGGCGGAAAUGGCGAGCAAAUCACACAACCCAUUUUUGGUCAAGAUAAUCGAUUACCAACUGUUACUCCUCAAGAAUUCAGAUUCAAAUUACACGAGCACGCUGAUUACGGAUGGCAACCAAGAUUUUCUGCCCGUGAUUUCAUUUCCAUUUUAUCAAAUCUGACUGCAAUCAAAAUUCGCGGUACAUAUACUCAUCGAGGCAAGGGAUUUUUGGACGACGUUAAAUUAGAAACUGCUCUUCGUGGAGCAGCUGGAGAAUCAGCAGAUUGGGUGGAACAUUGUAAAUGUCCAACUGGCUACGUUGGUCAAUUUUGUGAAUCUUGUGCGCCAGGUUACCAUCAUGAACCACCAAACGGAGGACCUUUUGCUAUUUGUGUUCCUUGCAACUGUAACGGUCAUGCUGAUAUCUGUGACCCAGAAGCAGGUCAGUGUAUUUGCCAGCACAAUACAGCCGGAAGUAACUGUGAGCUCUGUGCCCGCGGAUUUUAUGGACACCCUCUGACAGGAACUCCUUACGACUGCAAACCAUGCCCAUGUCCCGACAACGGACCUUGUAUUCUUCUCGGAAAUAAUCCAAAUCCGAUCUGUUCAGAAUGUCCUGCAGGAAGAACAGGUCAAAGGUGCGAAACCUGUUCGGAUGGAUACUUUGGAAAUCCUGAGAAAGGACAAGCUUGUCGGCUUUGCGAAUGUAACAACAAUAUCGACUUGAAUGCUGUUCGUAAUUGUAAUCACGAGACUGGAGAGUGUCUUAAGUGUGUGAACAACACUGCUGGUAUCCACUGCGACGAAUGUCUUCGAGGAUAUUUCGGAGAUGCUUUGUCUGAUCGGAAAGAAGACGGAUGUAAAUUGUGUCAGUGUUCCGCUCCUGGGAGCGUGGAACUUGAGGAUGGAACAGUUGCUCCCUGUGAUCAACUCAGUGGACAUUGUGUCUGUAAGCCACAUGUAACUGGACGAAAUUGCGACAAGUGCGAAGAUGGAUAUUAUCACAUCAUGAGUGGAGAGGGAUGUACGGCUUGUAAUUGUGAUCCAGAAGGGUCUUAUAAUCGUACUUGUGACGUGCAAUCGGGACAAUGUUAUUGUCGACCGGGAGUUACUGGUCUAAGAUGCGAUUCCUGUUUGCCUUAUCAAUAUGGAUUCAGUCGAGAAGGUUGCAAAAUUUGCGAUUGUGACCAUAGCGGUUCUCAAGAUCUUCAAUGUGACGCCAAUGGACAGUGUCCUUGUCUUCCAAAUGUGGAAGGUAGAAGAUGCGACCGUUGCAAAGAGAACAAAUUUCAUCAAUAUGGUUGUGUCGACUGUCCUGCUUGUUACAAUCUCGUUCAGGAUGCAGUUAAUUCCCACCGAAGACGUCUUUCCCAGCUCGAGGACACGCUCAAAAAAAUAAACAGCAGUCCAACCGUCAUUAAAGACUCAGAUUUUGAAAAGGAACUUAAGAAUGUGCAAGCCAGGGUUAACGAGCUUUUGGAACUUACAAAACAAGGAUCUGGAUAUGAAAACAAGACUUUGGCUGAACAGCUUGAUGAUUUGAGAGAUCAACUCAACGAGAUUGACGAAGUAUCCGAGAAUGUUGAUUUGACUGCAGCAAAUGCUCAGAAAAUCACAAUGCAGGGUCAAAUGAGUAUCGGCGAAGCUGAGCAAGUACUUGACAAGAUCUACGCACAGCUGAGCGAUUUAGAGGACUACUUGAAUAUAGAUGGACAAGCAGCCUUGAAGGAUGCUCGAAAACGGGCGGAACAAGUUGGCCAGCAGAACCAGGAGAUGACGGAUAUAGCGAAAGAAGCUAGAACCUUGGCAGAUUUCCAUGCAAAUGAAGCGAAAAAGAUCCACGAUAUGGCAGAACUAGCACGUAACAACUCGUUCGAGGCCUACAAUUUGGCGAAGAAGGCAAUCACAAUGAACUCUAACAUUAGCGACGAAAUAAGAAAUUUGGACCACCAACUCCGAGUAUUGGGAGAUCGCUUCGGCGAAGUGAAAAAUAUGACUGCCCUCGCACUCACUAAAUCGAUUAAAGUCUCCGAUGAAGCCCUUGGUCUAUUCAUACAAGACAUCACUCUACCAGAAGUGGACAUCGCCGAUUUGCAAAAUCAAGUCGAAAACAUCAACAGUGAAGGUUUAAAAUUGAAGGAAACAGCGCAGCUACUUUUGGAUAAUAAUACAUAUCUGCUCACUGAUGCCGAAGAAAAAUUGAGAGAAGGUGAACGGUUACUGGAAAAAGCUCAGGAUCAACAAACCUUGACUGCGGAAUUAUUGGCUGACGUCGACGCAGCUGACGAAAAAGCAAAGGAUGCUGUUUCACGUGGAGAACAAACUCUCCGAGAAGCCCAGGAAACUUUACAGAAAUUGAGUGAAUUCGACGCUGAAGUCCAGAAAGAAAGAGUCAAGGCGCAAGAAGCUCUCAAAAGCAUCGAUGAAACUAGACAAUUAGUAAUCGAUGCGAUCAAUAAAGCUAAUGAGGCUCAAUCUGCUUUGAAAGAUUCUGAGGGGAAUGCAAUUGGUGCUCGUGAUUUUGCAAAACAGGCUCAGGCUGAUGCAGAAAAGGCGAGCGGAAAUGCAAAUAAAAUCCGAGUCGAGGCGAAUGAAACGAAAGUGGGGGCCAUCAGAUUGGGUAAUGAAGCGGAAAAGUUGCAAACACGAGUUGAUAAUACUGAGGCGUUAAUUAAACAACAUGAGGAUCAAGUGGCAAAGGAUGACAAUGAGACAAACGAGGCAAACUAUAAAGUCGGCCAAGCCAAGCAAAACGCGUCCCUUGCUUCUCAACAAGUGCAAAAAGCUUUGGACGAAGUUGCUGCAAUCGUGAAAGAACUCGAAGCCCUUCCUGAAAUAAACGAUGGAGACUUGAAUCUCUUGGAGGAACGUCUGCACGCAGCCCAAGCUGAAAUCGAAGCAGCGAAUCUCGAAUCUCGAAUUCGGGCCUUGACCGACGCAAAAAAUCAUCAGACUCAAUUGGUGAAAUAUUAUGAGGAAGAAGUGAAUCGACUUAAAUCAGAAGUCGAAAAUAUAGACGAAAUCAAAAAAGCAUUGCCUACAGAAUGCUUUAAACGCGUGCAUUUAGAGCCUUAAAUUCACUUCCAGAUGCCACGUUACUUAAAGAAACCACAGAGCUUUUACAAGAAAGAAAAAAAAAAAGAAAUUAAAAUGUGGUUUCCUGAAUAGUUAGUUGUGAGUCUUUGAAAAUUAAGACUAAUUUGAACAAAGUUGUUUUACAACAAAGCCUUUUUGAUAUUUUAACUAUUCUCUUCCAGUGAAGGAUGAGGUAAAUUAGGAAGCAGAAACGCCAUAUGUAGCAUCAUUAAUUUUAAGAUAUCUUCUAUUUGUACAUUAACACCUAGAUUAUUUUAUUUAAGUUAGAUCAAAUCUUUUCAUUUCUUUCGAAACAUUAACGUGGUGCAGUAAUCGCAAUAAUAAUUAUUAUACCAAAGAUUUUAAUAGUAGACAGAAUCCUCUAUAAUAUUAUCGGAUCAUUCAUUAACAAAAAAAAAAAAGAAAACGUUUUUUACGUCGUGUAUAUAGUAUACAUGUGCCUGAAUCGGUUCAAGAUUCUCUUUUUGCAACUUUCGAUAUCAUUGAAUAAUUCCCUUGAAAAUGAAAAAUGCACUCGAGUUGCCUUUAAAAAAAAUUUUGUAUAUCUUUUAACAAAUCGAAUUAGUAGUUUAAAAUAGGAAUGUGGCAUAAUAACGUCUUUAGUCCAUUUCGACUCCGACUGACAAAAUUUUUGUCGAUGUUACGCUAUGUACGCAAUUUUUACGUUUUAAUUAUAGAAAAUAAUAUAAUGAAUCAUUUUUUAUACGAACUAGCUUAGUACAAAAUCUGUAGCUUCUUAAAUCACGGAAAUAAAAUAAUCUUACUGAG